CGGGCGCGCCUCCCUGGCUGCCACACUUUCACUCUCCGCAGCCGCUUCAGCUCAGCGUCUGGCUUUGGUCCUCCCACAGCCGCCAGCCCGUGCCAUGGAUGCCAAGAUCGUUGCCGUGCUGGCCCUGGUGCUGGCUGCGCUCUGCCUCAGUGACGGGAAGCCGGUCAGCCUGAGCUACAGAUGCCCUUGCCGAUUCUUCGAGAGCCAUGUUGCGAGAGCCAACGUCAAGCAUCUCAAAAUCCUCAACACUCCAAACUGUGCCCUUCAGAUCGUGGCCAAGCUGAAGAACAACAACAGACAAGUGUGCAUCGACCCGAAACUGAAGUGGAUUCAGGAAUACCUGGAGAAAGCUUUAAACAAGCAGCCCAUCAUGCCUCACCUGCCUGUGGCCCUGGCUCUUCUGCUGCUGCUGUUACCGUUGCGUCCGGGAGGCCCACCCCGGCCUCCCUUUUAGACGGACGUGCAGGAAGUUGGCAAAGAGCCCUGCUGCUGGAGAUGUUUCCCUUUGCUGAGGGCAUUUUGUGGAAUUAUAUUAAACAACUUAAAAAUUUCACUUUUUAAAAAGGGAGGCACUGAGGGGUUUUUGCUUGUUUUGUUUUUUAUUUGGUCUCACUAAUACUUUCCCCCUUUGAUUGAAGAUCCAGUAAAGUUUUUAAAAUUCAGAAAGUGGAAAAAAAGAAGGCAAAACAAGGGAUGUAUCCAUUGACAGGCCCCUGCAAACAGCAUGCAGGAAGUACGUUACAGGGAAAUGAAUUUGAAUUGUAGGUGUUUGUAGAUUUAAUAAUCAUUGGAUUAUCAGGAACAGGUGUUAGGCAUUUCCAUAAGUAUUUCUUAAAAGUGAAUCUUCAUGCUACAAAGCCAUUCCAUCAACCAAACAGGUAUUCACCUCCUCCAAGCGGCUACCUUCUAUUGGAAGCAUAGAGCAUGGGGGCUUUUAUCAGUUAUAAGGCAGACAGGACUGGUUUUUAAACCCUCUUUUAAAAUUAACCUGUCACUACAGGGCUCCUGAAUUAUACAUGAAAUUAUUAUUGCAUUUUCAGUGGGAGGCUCGUUUUCUAGGUAUUUAAAAACAUUUCCAAGAUAUUUAAAAACCUCAUGGAAAAUGUGGAAGCUUCUUCCCCUGGAAUCCAUGAGCCAGAGCCACUAAACUCCCAAGUCAGAGGAAAUACGGCCCUAAAUCUUGACUGCAGUUAAAUAUAGAGUCAUUUCUGUGUCUCCUGACAGGAGGGGAAAUAGGUAAGAGUAGAAGCUGCAGGGAAAAUUAUUUGUGUAACAACUUCUGUAUCUGCAAUCUGCUCCUGAAAGGAGACGUUCCGGCUAAAGCACACACGUUUAAAUAGUCCCUUUGCAAAGGAAAGGCUCUCCCUCUUGCUUUCAAAACUCAAGUCAAGUGCAUCAGGUGAUCAGGGUCACCCAGCUGUUCCUCCAGGCCCAGCACUGCCUCUACCUGACCUUCCCUCGGGCUCAGCAUGACCUCCAGGGCAGCCCUUCCUCACCAGCCUCUGCAUCACGUGGGGUGAACUCUGGGGACUGGGGCUCACUUGUGUGCUGUGUGUUGGAACCUGAAUCUGUGCCAUGUGUUGUUCGUACUGUUCUUUGUCCUGCUCUGGCCAGGUGCUGAGAACCCAGCGAGGAGCCUCAGAAGGAGCCCCCUGCCUGUCUGAGCAGAGGGCCUGCGUAGCAAAGGCUGCUGCGCCCCUGGGAGUCCUGAGGGGGGUUCUAUGGCACCUUCCUUUUCUGAAUACUGCCUGGUGUGGCCACACGGUCUCCCGCACUGGGACUGCAUCACCCUUCUCAGGGAAGUGCCCUUCUGCCGCUGGAUGAGAUUUGUGGGGUCCUCGCCCCUCCACACAUCUUCUCUGACCCUUUCUGAGGGAACCCACCCUGGGAACCACCCAUGUCCUCUCAGCAGACCACUGACAUAGCCGAGUUGACAAACCCCACAGGGAAGUCCUUAGUCCCCAACCUCGCUGGACUCUCAGCCCCUGAGCAGGGAUGGGUUCAGUGUUCAAUGUGAUAAAUACUGUAUCUUGUUUUGUUUAAAUUGCAUCUCCCAGAUAAUGUGAAAAUGGUCCAGGAGAAGGCAGCUUCCUAUCUGCAGUGUGCUUUCUUAAUAAGUAACAAUUCCUUUUGAGAAACAAUUUCUACUUUCAUAUCCAUGAAAAGAUGUACUGUAUAUGCACUUAUAAUUGUUCUAAUAAAGACAUGUACUCAAAUGCA